AUGUUGAAGUAUAUUAAUCAAGUUGACAUCAAAUUUGCUCCCUUUUCACCGUCGGCCAAGUCUUCAAGACUUUUCCUUGCAAGAGUUAUGACAGACAAGGCCCGUCUUGCAAAUCCGGGCGCUACCAUUAAUACAACAGUCCUUUCCGAUCCGAACCAGGAUCCAACCAUUAACAUAAUCUAUCGCGACGGGAAAAAGCUUACUCUUCGACCAGGUAACAAGAAUAUUGACGAAGUUUUGUAUGUUGUAAAUAAACAUUUGCGAAGAUUAAAAGAGGAGGAAGAUUUUGCCGCUUAA